UUGACAUGGUACUUGUCAUUCAAACGUCAUAAAAAUUUAAAUUUAGGUUAGGACAUUUCGGUGUAUAAUUAUCAAGUUUAUGUAGUGGUCGAAAUGUUGAUGCAGUUUAGAAAUUUACUUAAAACUCUACCUUUAAGAAUUAAAUUAAAAACUUCUUCAUCAAAUAAUUUUGUAUCUCUAGCUUACCUUCAAUUUAACAACAAUGAUAAUAAUAAUCACAACCCAUCUAAAACAACGUUGAACAACAUAAAAUAUCUUUUCUAUAUCGCUUGUGGAUGUGUUGUUUAUAAACUUAUCAAAAAUGAGAGAUUUAUACCUCCCGUCCAUGCUGCAAUAUCAUUUGGGGGCAGUUCGUUGAGUGGUCGUAGAAAACAAUUCAAUUUUAUUUCGGAUGUUGUUGAAACCUGCGCCCCAACCGUUGUUUAUAUCGAAAUUAAGGAUACAAGAGCUGUAGAUUUUUUUUCUGGAAAACCACAAACAAUUUCUAAUGGAUCAGGAUUUAUUAUUAAAGAAGAUGGACUUAUUUUAACCAAUGCUCAUGUUGUUACAAACAAACCGUCCGCGAAAGUUGAGGUACGCCUUUUUAAUGGAACAGUUUAUAAUGGUAUUGUUGAAGAUGUUGAUGUUAAAAGUGAUUUAGCUACCGUUAGAAUAAACGCGAAAAGUUUACCUGUUAUGAAAUUAGGUAAUUCAUCUGAUUUAAAACCUGGAGAGUUUGUGGUUGCUUUAGGAAGCCCCUUAGCUUUAAGUAACACAGUUACAUCAGGAGUGGUCAGUUCAACACAAAGAGGGUCAGAUGAACUUGGAUUAAGAGGCAAAGAUAUGGUGUAUAUUCAAACAGAUGCUGCAAUUACAUUUGGAAAUUCUGGGGGACCUUUAAUUAAUUUAGAUGGAGAAGCUAUUGGAGUAAACAGCAUGAAAGUAACAGCUGGAAUUUCGUUUGCAAUACCGAUUGAUUAUGUCAAAGAAUUUUUAAAAAAUACUGCAGGUGUGGUUAAAGUGCCUAAAGAAGGGGCUAAAAGAAAAUAUGUAGGAAUAACAAUGUUAACGUUAACCCCACAAAUUAUUAGCGAAUUACAACAACGAAAUCAACAAGUUCCUUCUAGUAUAAAAAAUGGUGUUUUAGUCUGGAAAGUUAUGUAUGGUUCUCCUGCUCAUUUAGGUGGCUUAAAUCCGGGUGAUAUAGUUACUGAAAUAAAUAAUAAACCUAUUUCAAGUGCAAAUGAUGUUUAUAACAUUUUAUCUGAUAAAUCGGCAAGAAAUUUAAAAUUGAAAAUAACCCGGUUUGGUAAAACUUUCGAUAUUCAGGUAACACCGGAAGAUAUUGAUUAAUUAGUAAGUUUAAUAAUAAAAGUUAUAUUUCAUU